AAACCCCCCUGUCGACGGUCGCGCAAUCGCAUUACUACGCCGUAGCGGCGAAAAAUGCUUAUCCAAAGAAGCUGCGCUCGCGCUCUCUCCACCCAUCACCGCCCCCUCGCUCCAAUCUCUUCUUCUUCUUCUUCUUCUCUCCUCCUCCGAUCCGCUCACUCCCUCUCCCCCUCCCUCUCCUCCUUCCGCUUCCUCUCCUUCCCCUUCUCCUCCUCCCCUUCCCCUUCCCCUUCUCCUUCUCCUUCCCACAAGAGAUCCAAGCUCCCCCUCGCGGCCCUCCUCGAGAUCGGCGGCGUCAAGAUCGCCAAGGACGAUGUGGUGAGGGAGAGUGAUCCCGCAAACAAUGUGCCGGACUCGAUUUUUUCCAAGAUUGGGCUGCAGCUCCACCGGAGAGACAACCACCCUAUUGGGAUCUUGAAGAACACCAUUUAUGAUUACUUUGACACCAAUUUCCCCGCAAAGUUUGCCAAGUUUGAUGACCUCUGCCCCAUUGUUUCUGUCAAGCAGAAUUUUGAUGAUGUACUGGUUCCUGCUGAUCAUGUUAGCAGGAGUUAUAACGACACGUACUACGUUGAUGCUCAAACCGUCUUGAGGUGUCACACAAGUGCUCAUCAAGCAGAGCUGCUUAGGAAAGGGCACAGCCAUUUUCUUGUGACGGGGGAUGUCUAUCGUAGAGAUUCCAUCGACUCAACUCAUUAUCCCGUCUUUCAUCAGAUGGAAGGUUUUCGUGUCUUUUCUCCUGAUGAAUGGGCGGGUUCUGGAAUGGAUGGAACAUCUUAUGCAGCCAUGGACCUGAAGAAGUCGUUGGAGGGUUUAGCAAAACAUCUCUUUGGCGCUGUGGACAUGCGCUGGGUCGACACGUACUUUCCAUUCACAAAUCCAUCUUUUGAACUGGAAAUAUAUUUUCAGGAAAAAUGGAUGGAGGUUUUAGGGUGUGGAGUUACAGAGCAGGAGAUUUUAAAAAGAAAUGGAAGAAUGGAUCAUGUCGCGUGGGCCUUUGGACUUGGGUUGGAACGCUUAGCGAUGGUUCUCUUUGAUAUACCGGAUAUUCGACUUUUUUGGUCAAAUGAUCAGCGAUUCACAUCACAGUUCUCAGAGGGCAAGCUGGGUGUCAAGUUCAAGUCUUUCUCAAAGUAUCCUCCUUGCUACAAGGAUAUGAGUUUUUGGAUCAGCGAUGCCUUCACGGAGAACAACUUAUGUGAAGUUGUGAGAGGAAUCGCUGGUGACCUUGUGGAGGAGGUGAAGUUGAUUGAUAACUUUACGAACAAGAAGGGUAUGACCAGCCACUGCUACAGAAUCGCGUACAGGUCAAUGGAACGUUCGCUUACCGAUGAGGAGAUCAACCAGUUGCAGUGGAGCGUUAGAGAAGCUGUGCAAAAUAAAUUAAACGUCAUCUUACGAUGACAAAUCACUUGAGGAUGAAUAUUCUCUAUUUUUGUUUGAUUUUAACAUUAUCCUGAGAUGUAUAUUUGUUGAUUAUAUAUUGCUGAAGAGUUGAAUACUGCAAUUUACUGUGUAUGCAUCUUUUUUUUCUUCUUUUUUGUUUUCCUCAUCUUUAUUAACCACCGAAAGAAAGGAUACACUGUAUCACGGAAUUCAUAUGUACUCGUGUACUGUUAAUAAGACGGAGCCCUUUAAAUAUUUUCGGAUUUGGUGACA